GUGGUCGCUGUUGUAGCAUCGACGUAUCGACGUUCGACUGCCUGAUCGACAGAUAGUUUAGGCAAAAUGUUAGACGGCAGUUUGUUUUUGUAACUAUUUCUAUUUAAAAGACUUAAAUUUAAUGUCUGCUACGUAGUUUUAUCGCUGCAAUGGAAUAGUCAUAUCGGAAAAACACGUCAUAAAUUACCAUGGAAGAAAGUGGAGUCUUGUAAGGAAUAACCUCAAAAAUGAAAAUGAAUAAUGAUAUUUAUCAUGAAAAACAAGUGAGAGAAUUGUGUGCUUUACACGCUCUAAACAAUUUAUUUCAAUCGAAAGAUGCGUUCACGAAAGUGGAGUUGGAUGUAAUUUGCCACUCAUUGUCGCCUGACAAUUGGAUCAACCCCCAUAAGUCUGUCCUGGGACUUGGCAAUUAUGAUAUCAAUGUGAUAAUGAAGGCUCUUCAGUCCAGGGGAUGUGACACAAUAUGGUUUGAUAAGCGCAAAGACCCCAGUUGUUUGAAUUUCAAAAAUAUAUGUGGCUAUAUUUUGAACGUGCCAAGUGAGUAUAAAAUAAGUUUCAUCACAUUACCCUUACGUAGACGACACUGGAUCACGAUUCGGCAGCUGAAUGGACUGUUUUAUAACCUAGAUUCGAAACUAGAUGUCCCACAAGUGAUUGGAAGAGAACCGGAUCUCCUGAACUAUUUAAAAGAAGAACUAGACUGCCGAGAUAAGGAAUUAUUUUUAGUUGUAACUAACAACAUAGGCAAGGACCAAGCAUGGCUGAAGAACCAGGCAACUUAUAGCAAUAACUUACAAGAACGCGAGGCCGAAAUUCUACAACUCAAAGAUAUAACAAGUGAUGAGGUCAAUGUUACCAUCAACCCCUUAUGUAAUAAUAAAACAGAGUGGUCAUAAUCAAACAUUUACUCAUUUGUAGGUAUAACAAAAAUUGCCAUCAUGUGUUCAAGUGCUUGAUGUAACUUUUAUAUUGUGCUUUUGAUGGAACAUACCUACAUGCUAACUGUACAUAGGAAAUAAAUCAGUCACCGUCA